AUGGAGUUUCAAACAACCUGGAUCCACUCGACUACUGUUGAUGAAAUCGAAGUCCGCAGGUUCGGCGCUUUUACGACCCUCCCGGUGAGGAUCAGUAAAUACAACGACAUCGCCAACAAUGCAACACAAAAGCUCGGUUGUAGCUGGGGUUCCAGCGUGGGUAUGCGCAGCAGCAACCUUGUAUCUCUUGCAGGCAAUUCUAGAGUCAACCUAGUCGCCUAUGCCCUCGCUGAGGCAUUGCCAGAUAGAAUGGCUACAGCAGUUAGACUGGUUCAACUGGGCCAGUUGUGUGAUGCCUACUGCGAUCAAUUCGGCCCCCAGAGCAGAGCGGAAAUCUACGAUAUGCUGUCCCGAUGCCUCGAUCCAUGCUCCAUUGCCUCCUCCUGCUCGUGUUCUGGUGCGUGCAGUAAGGAGCCGGGGGGCAAACAGGCUCAGCUGCGAACAUUGGCUUCAGAGGCGUUCGCUGAGAUCGUUCAGGUCGAUCGUGAGCAUGGCAUGCUAGUUUUCGACCUCUUCAGGAGGAACUUUGCAACGGAACCAAUGUCUUUUGGGUGCAGGAAGAGUUCUCCGUUCAGGACCUUGUGGCCCAUCCUCGAGUUUUCCAUCGCUCUUAGACUAAGCGAUACGGAUCGUAUCUUUCUUCAAGACAUCCGGAAUGUGGUGGAUGAAUGCUUGAUUCUGAAUGAUGAGUAUUGGAAUGCGAAUGGCGCGGGAAUGUGCCAAACAGACUUUGGCAGCCGGAUGAGAGGUCUCUCUAUUGAUACAGAAAGAGACUGUCUCAGAAGCAAGAUUGUCGCGCUGGAGACGCGCUAUCUCUCUCUCCGAGCGGAGCUCUACUGGAAAUAUCCUGCUGAGUCGAUGCGUCUGCGGCGCUGGAUCGAAGCUGCUGGGGUUGUGAUGGCAAGCUACAACUACUGGCGUGCUUCGUCGUCCUCUUCAACCAGUUCCUGUUCAUGGUCUACAACGGAGUGGACACGUCUUGAUAGGCGAGCAUCCAGCAGCUCCCUAUCGUCCAUGCAGACCUUCUCGGGCAGCUACGUUGAUAGGGAGGGAUCCGCGACCCUAACCGCUCCAACCACCUACAUGAGCUCUCUGCCGCCUUCGCCCUCAGUCCAGAUCCUCAACCAGGCUCCGUCUGCCCUGAACACCUGGACACGUGCAUCAGCUCCAACCGUCAAAUGUAUUUCGUCUCUUGUCACAUCCAUACACAACGCAACCACUAUCUUGUCGGAUAUCAACGCCGAUAACUCCCAGCGACACAACCAACGUGCAGCGCAUACAAUCUUUGGUACUUCCCAAGCUACCAAUAGUGCCUACUACACCUUUAUUCAAUCGAUGACGGAUGCACGCACCCUGAGCAACCCGGGCCUCGCGAUUGAUAUCCUUUUGGGCGGAUUCAACCGUCUGUAUACUGGACAGAGCCGGGAGUUGAACUGGAAGUUCAACUCGUAUGUUCCUUCCGAGGCCGAGUACCUUUCCGUUAUUGAUGAGACCACGGGAUCCCUGUAUAGCUUACUGGUAAAGCUCCUGCAAGUCGAGAGCUGCGUGCCUGGCCGCUGUCAGCCAGACCUUGUACCCCUGGCGACGCUUCUGGCACGUUAUGUUCGUGUUAAGGAGGACUAUCUCUCAUUCAGUACCCGGGAGAGCAAGAUAUCGGGAUCUUCGGGAUCUUCUGGAAAUGAUCAUGCAUUUUCCUAUCCCAUCAUUCGACUCGCCAAUGCGAGACCCGACUCUCGGGCCCAAGUCUCGAGGUUCCUGUUUGAGCGCAAGGAAGCGAAGAACAGUCACUGCCAGUGCCCCAAGGAACCAAAGAGUGACGCGUGCGGCUACGACGUGAGCUACAGUUGUCUGAUUAUUCUUCUCAAUGAUUGCGGAGCCUUGAGGGCAACACGGGAGUUCCUCCGCGAGACAGAGAACAGUAUUGAGAAGGAGGUGAUGAAUUUGGAGAAGUUGACUGGCGAGAUGAACCCGUCGAUUCGUUUCCUCAUUGCCGAAUUGAGGGAUGGUCUGGGAUGCUAG